GUUUACCAGCGCAUGCGCAGGAACAACACUUCCUCGUUUCUUAAACAUUAAACAGUGAUGCUUCAAACUCUGAGAUGUUUUCAGAAAGUGCACUGGCACUCCAACUUUGAACCCGUUCUGGAUAUACACCCGUAAUAUGGGAAGUUUAAUGAGAGAAAACCGCUCGAUCCAUUCUUACAACAUUCCGGACGUUCAUCUCAUCCCAAUGGAUGUGAUCAUACGACCCAUUCCGCCUGUGAUAGACGAGCAGAAGAUCCAAAGUCUCAUGACGAGCAUACAGGGAGGAUCAGGAAUCUCAGUUGUGCCUCCUAUAGAUGUACUGUGGAUCACUGGAGAAAAGGGUGGAAAUUAUUAUUAUUCUUUUGGAGGCUGCCAUCGGUUCGCUGCCUAUCAGAGGUUAGAGAUGACAUCCAUACCAGCCAAGAUUAUCAAAUCAAACAUCUCAGACCUGCGGACCUACCUGGGAGCAUCAACGCCAAAUCUACAGUGACUUUUAUAAUAGUUUUUUUUUCUUUUUAGUAUAUCUAUUUAUCUAUUCUAUGUAACUUUUUUAACAAAAGUGUUUAUACUUUGAAAAUUUUUUAUUUAGGGCUUAUAGUAAUGGGAAAAUUCAUACAUCCCUUUGUCGAAAGGAAACAUGGAAAGAAGUGCGAAGACAGUGACACAGAUUCUCAGAUACAUGGGGCCUACAUAUUUUUGACCGAUUUUCACCAAAUGAAUAUUUAAAGGCUUUUUUAUGCCCAAAAUAUGUUUCUGAGAAGACAAUCUGACAUUUAAUUCCAGGUAGGCUACUGUGUACGAGUCACCAUGACUAAACAGAUCUCCUUUUUCUGCAUACUCUCCUUCUCACCACUAGAUGGCAGCGUUAUAACACCAUGAGAGUGAUAUGUGACCAUGCCUGUGAAAAGUUCCUAAUCUCAUUAUGACAUUAUGAUACUUUAGCCUGGAUUUCACGGACAGAGUGACAUUUUCUUCCAACGGUGUGGCCCACAGAACAGAUUGUCAAACUGUUCUUAACAAAUCUUUGAUGUUUCCCUUAACACAACUGAUCUAACUCUUCAGAUAGCCUAAUUGAUUUUUUUGCCAAGUCAUGGGAUGCACAUACUUGUAAACAAUGAAUAAACUCAUAAAUGGAUAUAUUUAUGCACCAAAUGCAUUAAAGGGACAGUUCACCCAAAAAUGAAAAUUCUGUCAUAAUUUACUCACCCUCAGGUAUCUCAUUUUGUGUUCAACAGAACAAAAAAAUUAAAAAAAAUGUCCUAGUACUAUAGUAGUGGAGGAUGUCUCAGAACUGAACAUUGCUAACAUUCUUCCAAAUAUCUUUCUUUGUGUUCAACAAAACAAAGUAAUUUAUGCAGGUUUGAAACAACCAGAGGGUGAGUAAAUGAUGACAUAAUUUUCAUUUUUGGGUGAAAAAAAGUGAUUUGGUAACAUGCAGAUUAUAUUCUUAUUUUUUUAGGUCACAUUUGUAAAGUAAUUUAUUUUUUAUUCUGUAAAUAAAAAAUGUUUAUUUAAAAAGUAAUGGGUUGGAAUAGUGGAUUUGUUUCCAGACGUCUCUGACCCAUUAUGGUUUUAAACUCCAGUUCAAAACAUCUGUGUCAUUUCAACUUCUUAUGCCAAACCACAGUUUGAACAUCCACAAGAUGACCACAGGCGUGUGCUGACCACUGGACUUAUAUACUGUGCGUUCUGUACCGGAAGCUUUGAAAAUGGGCCACAAGAGGUUUCACAGUAGAUAGUAAAAGAAUUUUGCUCCUCAUACUGUGUCCUUUUGUUUUGAAUCACUUCUGUACAUUUACAACUACAGCUAAACACAAUCUGCUCUUAGAAACCGCAAUUAAAGCUAUUGGCGCACCUGUUAUACU